CUAAUUGUAAUUUAAAAGUGAAGAUAAAUAGAAUUGAAUUAUCUUAUCAUAAAGCGGAUGGUAUGCAUCGCUAGUACUUAUACACCGACAUAGCGGAUCUUGCACUUAAUCACGUUAGUACAAGGGGAACAUACGCUGACAAUCAUGAAGAGCUAUAUCCUGGUUGCGCUGUUAGCGGCUCUGGCAAGCUGCCUGGACGCGGCGGUCCUACCGACGCCGAUCAACGCACCCACCGUCGCGGGCGAAGUCCAGCCGGGAGACUGGGUCUUGUUGAGAGGUUGGAUCAGGACUGCACCAUCUACGAGCAAUCAAGCACUCGACAGAAGGUUGCGCUACACGCUGAGCGAAAGGUACCAGGUGAACGCUGUCUCCAUCGUGGAGGUCGGUCCCCCACAGGGGGGGGCGCCGGCCUUCGUGGGGGGAUUGGGGACCAACGUCAUCGACGUCGUGCUGGUGGCCGCGCGGGGCAGGGGCUUCGAGUACAACAUCGAGCUGUGGGGACACGACACCACCGGCGCCUACCCCGGACCCAACCCACCAGAUGUCCUAAUAACCGAACUGUAAAUACAAACUACCAUAAAAACAAUAAACUUUGGCUGACAUCAUA